CAGAGUUAUACCAACAGUCUUCUUGUCUCGUGCACGAGUUGCCGGUAUAGCAAGAAAUUUAUUUGUAUUGUUGUAAAAAUUAUUUUUACUUUUGUAUAUUAAUUUAUAAAAAUGGUUGAGGCACAGCGAAGACGCGUAGAAGAAAAAAUGUCUCUUAUCAUCGAAUCGAUGGAUAAAUUUUAUUUAAGAAAAAUGCAGGGUGAUAUGCAUCGAUGUGCAGCUUCGUGUUGCGACAAUGAUACAUAUUCUCUUCAAAAAGUUCAAAGUUGUGUACAAAACUGUGGCGAACCGCUCAGUAAAGCUCAACAAUAUGUUCAAUCAGAAUUUGAACGAACACAGAAUCGAUUACAAAGGUGUAUCAUGGAAUGUAAUGACAGAAUAAUAGAUAAAGCUGGACCUAAUCCAACUCAAGAUAAAGUUAAUCAAUUAAAUGAUGAUUUUGAAAAAUGUGCAACAAAAUGUGUUGACAGUUACUGCGAUCUUCUUCCAGCCUUAGAAAAAAGUAUGAAACAAAUUCUUGCAAGUGGACAAUUUAAUUAAUACAGUAUAAUAUGACCAUAUUUAAAUGUUAAAUUCUAUAAAUAAACAGAUUUUAUCAUUAAUACAUCAAACAAUUUAUUUCAUUUAUGUUUAAGAGAAUUUCGUAUUUGUUUGAACCUCGCGUAGAGUAUGCAGUUAACUGAUCAAACACUUCGAUUGAAAAAUUCUAAUCGGAUUUAAUCAGAAAUUUCCUUGACUUUCAAUCGAAAAAAAUUGUUAUUUUCUGAUUAAAUCCGAUUGAAAUCCAAUCAGAUAAUUGGAACGCUCCCGAGCAGUUCUGAUUGAUUGUUUGAAUCCGACUAAAUCUGAUAGAAAAUCGAUUGAGUUUUUCAUCAGUUAUUUAAUUGAUCCCACCCAUCAUAUCCGAAGACAAGCAAUCCUUUAAAAUAUACUAAUAUACACUAACAAAAUGAUAAGUACAAAUAAAUGAUAUCCCGAUCUGUGAAAUCAUUUGACAUGGAACCCGCAGAUAAACGAAAAAUUUGUUGUUGUUUAGAGGGUAGAUGAGAAUUUUAAAUGGAACAUUUUUAGAACUAAAUUGAAAUUUAAAAUAAAAUAGGGUUUCAUUCGAUAAAAAUUGACUCCAUACAUCUAAUGACGCAUUUUAUUAUAUAAUUUGAGUCCUAUCUGUGAAAACAGUUGAAUUAAAAAUUGUUGUAUUAUCUUAAGAUUAUAUUGUUGAACAAAUGUAUCAAUUUUAUAACGAAACGAAGAAAUUAAAUUUUUAAAUCAUGAAGUAAGUGAAAA